AUGCACUUGUAUAUUUGUCCCUUCCGCCGUACAAUUGUGACGCCCACCGCCUCGAUCGUCCCGCCCUUCCUUGUGAGUGCCGUCGGCGCCGCCUCCUCCUGGCUUUGCAAUCGCCGGAUUCGUUACCCCUUGAUCCUGCUUUGCUCCCCUCUACUCCUUUGCCUCCUCUUCUUCGCUUUCUCUUUCCGAUGCGCAGUAGAUCUCUGCCUCCGCUGCUGUCUCUGGCGGAACUUCUUCCGUGAUUCCCGCGACGAUGAUCGGCUGAGACGAUGCGAGGAAGGUUGCAGUGGAUGCGGUAGCGAUGAGGAGAAGGGCCUCUUGCAGAAGUACUUGGAGGAUCAGCUUUGUCAGGUCAGAUCUAUGUAUGAGUGUGGGGACGAUGAAGAUGAAGAAGCACAAGAAGAAUUUCGAAGGGCGCAAGAUGUUGAGAAUCUGCACAGAGCAAAACCGAACUAUAACUAA